UCUCCUUUAUGCUUUAGAGUUGUGCCUUCGCGCUUGCCGUUGAUGCGUGCAUCAUAUUGCUCAGUCCGGUUGGGAAACUAACGAAAAAGAAAACAAACCGUAAACAUGUCAUCCGCGUGGAGUAAGGCAGGCAAUCCUAGGCCCGUUUCAACGAGCAGUACUGCUGGUAGUGGUGGUGUUACCUCUCAAAAGGGAAAGACAGCGGCUGCACAGAAUGAGGGGGAGCAGCUGCCACUUCAAGCCGUGCUAGUGGCCGAUAGUUUCAACCGCAGAUUCUUUCCCAUCUCUAAGGACCAACCAAGGGCUCUUCUUCCACUAGCAAAUGUGGCUAUGAUAGACUACACACUGGAGUUUUUGACAGCUACAGGUGUUCAGGAAACAUUUGUCUACUGUUGCUGGAUGGCGAGUAAAAUCCGGGAGCACUUGCAGAAAUCUAAAUGGUGCUCUCCUACUUCUCAGAAUACUGUCAGAAUUAUUACAUCUGAUUUGUUUCGAUCCCUUGGUGAUGUCUUGAGAGAUGUGGAUGCUAAGUCGCUAGUUCGCUCAGAUUUCGUUUUGGUUUACGGAGACAUUGUGUCUAAUAUUAACAUUUCAAAACCCUUGGAAAAACACAAGCUGCGACGUAAAGAAGGAAAUAACAUCUCAGUAAUGACAAUGAUUUUUAAGGAAUCAUCUCCUGGUCAUAGGGCCAGGUGUCAAGAAGAUGACAUAAUUGUGGCAAUCGACAGCCAGACAAGUAGAGUACUUCACUACCAGAAGACACAUGGACUUAAAAAACUCAAGUUUCCAAUGGGUAUGUUCCAGAGUGGUAGCAGUGAAGUUGACCUCCGCCAUGAUCUCCUGGAUUGUCACAUCAGUAUCUGCUCUCCUCAGGUUGCAGAGUUAUUUACUGACAACUUUGAUUACCAGACUCGGGAUGACUUUGUGCGUGGCAUCUUGGUAAAUGAAGAGAUUCUUGGCAAUCAGAUUCACAUGCACGUUAUUUCUGAUGAGUAUGGAGCACGAGUAUCCAAUCUGUUGAUGUACGAAGCUGUCGGUUCUGACAUUAUCCACAGAUGGGCUUACCCUUUGGUGCCUGAAAUCAAUUUCACUGACAACAGAAAUCAGGCAUGCACUCUAUCCAGACACAACAUUUACCGUGGAUCUGAAGUGAGUUUGGGACAUGGCAGUAUCAUGGAAGAAAAUGUUCUGAUUGGUCAAGGGACUGUCAUUGGCUCCAACUGCAAAAUAACUAACAGUGUUAUUGGGCAGAAUUGUGUGAUAGGUGAUGCUGUGAUCCUUGACAGAGCCUAUAUCUGGAAUAAUGUGAAGAUCAAGAAUGGCACAAAGAUUCAACAGUCUAUCAUCUGUGACAAUGUGGAGGUCAAAGAAAGUGUAGUAUUGCAAAAACACUGUGUCUUGGCUUUUAAUGUCUGACAUUAAACCCAGAAGAAGAAAGUGAGACUGAGAGUGAAAUGAGCAUGGAAUCUGAGGAACUAGACACCAGAAGUAUUUCUCCUCAGUUGGAUGAUAUUCGAGUAUUCCACAAUGAAGUAAUGGGUACGUUGCAGAGAGGUCUGGAGGAGAAUAUUUCGAGUGACAAUCUUGUGCUGGAAAUCAACUCUCUCAAGUAUGCUUAUAAUAUUAGCUUGAAGGAAGUGAUGCAGACAUUGAGCAAGGUGAUUCUAGAGUUUCCAGUUAAACAGAAAGGCCAAGACUUGGCAGUCAAUCAGUACUGCGCUGCAGUCAUUCCUCUAAUAAAGAAGUGGACACCAGUGUUCAAGAACUAUGUGAAGAAGGCAUCAGAUCAUUUAGAUUCUCUCUCGGCCAUUGAAGAGUUCUUCAUUGAGCACGAACAUCUUUUAGCUGCCUUGGUUAAGGUGAUCAUGUGCUUCUAUCAACAAGAAAUAAUUGUUGAAGAGAUGAUUCUGUCAUGGUUUUCCCAAGAAGAAAUGUCCACAAAAGCCAAGCAGCUUCGUAAGAACCAAGGGCUGCAGAAGUUUAUCCAGUGGUUGAAGGAAGCAGAAGAGGAGUCGUCUGAAGAAGAAAAUGAAUGAUAUUCAUCCCAGAAUCCCAUCAUGUGUGGCCAGAUUAUUUGAUAUGAGAGAGGAAUAUAAUUCUCUCUCUGCGGAUCUAUACUGUCACACCACUGCUUAUCAGGACCAAAUGAACAGUGCCUGUGACAGAGUGCUUCCUAGCUGUGACUAUUCUGAAGGACUCUAGAAUAUUGUUAUUUAUAUGAUGCUAUAUUUUUAAAUCUGAGUUGAACACUUUCUGGACUGGACUGGACUGGACUUCCAAAGGAGAUGCUUUUUACUGCAUUUGUAUUUGAGGGUAAGAAUAUCUAAGGAGGUGUGUUCUAACCUCGGAUAUUCUUCAGUAUGUUCCUUGGAAAAUAUAUUUUUUGUUUUAACUCCCUAUGAGAAUGGAAUCCACUUACUUUGGGAGUCCCUUGUAGUGGAUGGAACACUUAGUCUGUGCUCACUCACAUGCCCUCGUGUGGCUGUUCCUAAAGAUGAUCAAACUCUUGUGCACUUUGGCCUAUGUAUGGAGUCUGUGUGCCAGGGCUUGGACGCACACACACACACACAAAAAAUUCCCAUGUAUUUUAUUUGCAUUAUUCUGAUGAUUUCCUGACACGGUGGAAACUUGGGCAAUUUUGAUACCUAAAAUGCGCUGGCUUUUCAUAAAAUCCAUGGCCACCAGAUUAUAGGUUGGGGCAUAAGAUAAGCAGUUUGAUACCCAUGUCAGAGUUCCGUAGUGACCUCCAUUCCUACACUGUUAGGAUUGUUUGUUUCACUUCCAGUCCUUGGAUAGGAGUGAGACUGAGCACAGGUAGUGCCUUCUUACAUAGAUACUUGGAAUUGAUGCCAGGUGUGUAGCUGUUGCCUUCCCUCUUUUGGUUAAAGUAGGAUCAACUUUCGUUUCCCCACUGGAGUCUUUUGCCAUCAAGACAGACCAUCUCAGCUGUUUUGCACCUGCUUUUGAGCCCAUUGGCUUUCCUAUCCUCACUGUGGAUUUGGACACCCUGCAACAUGAUGCAUGAGUGCAGUCUUAAGUGAUUGCAUUCAGUGUUGGUACUGAGGCCUGCUGUCUUCUCUAAUCCCUUUGAGCUACAUUUGGUGUAUACUUCCCUAUCACACACAACUGACGUCACCCUCAUUUGAUGGUCUUUUGUGAGGUUUCUACUACCCUUUUGCUUAGUGAAGAAAAGAAGGUCUAACAUCCUACCUAAGCGACUGUCUGACUCCCUGUCUCUUUGUUCUACUGUGGCAUAAUCUUCGUGGAUAAUUUCCUAUGGUAGAGACUGACAAGGAGAUAAUCCGUUAUUCCCCCUACUAACAAUAUGGAGAUCUUUCUUCUUUCAAUUUCUUCAAAUGUUUGCUUCUUUUUUUGAUAUUUGCCAAGAGUAACCUUCUCAGCACCUGCAGUAUACCUAGAAUUACUUCCUUCUGCAACUCAUCUUGAGUUGCAUGUACUGAUAUCAUGUUUAAGUAAGCUUGACAAUUAUUUAUUAGUCAUACUGCUCCUACUAAUACUAUUGGAAAUGUCUGGGACUCUUUCUUCAGUACUGCUCUAGUUUCAGCUUGUAAAUGUGUGUGGAUACAACCCCCCUCCAUACAUGGAAAUGGAUCUUGCCCCAGUACAGGAAUGCUUUUUAGUGAUCUUUGUUAAACUUGAUAUUUUCCAUUGUUGACUUAAUGUUUCUGAUGUUUUCCAUUCCAGUCAUAGUAACUUUGAUUAGUUAACUUGCCAGUUCUAGGAAGGAAGGGAGAGGCCCUUGCCUCUGUUAGGUGUAUGUGGAUCAUCUGCCUAAUUCCCAUUCUUCCUCUAAACUGAAUCCACUCAGUUUUGUGAGAGAAGAGAAAAAAAAUGACCGAGCACUAGACAAAUCUUUCUGUGAGUCUUUCACCAGAGGUUCCCAGUCAGUUCUGCAAUCAUCAGCGAAUUCAGCAAAGGCUCUAUUGUACAGUUUCUCAAGUCUCUCCUGGAUAGUCCUGUUCUAACAGGCCAGUUGGUUUCAGAUGUUCCUGUUGUAGUUCAAAUCAGUACUAACAGAGAAGAGAAUACAUAUUUAUCUGCAAGGAAAAUAGGCUUGUAUAUUCUGCUUCUACCUUUUCCACUUGAAGUCAGAGGGUGUAAAUCAUUUUCCAGUUCUGGAAUUAAACAGCUUUGGCUUUCACAUCAGUAGUGUGAAGCUUGGCAUAGUUACCCUUCAGAACUUCAUGCUGUGCAUAAAAAAGUUUCUCUAGUUUAAUCAGGCUGAGUGGCAUUUUCAUUACAAGGUGCUGCUGUUUGGUCUAUAUUUCACAGCUAUGGGUCUUUACCAAGCUGGUCCCAGAGUAGCAAAAACCUUCUUGUGUUCCCUGCUUCCUAUUACUAAAUGAUAUUUAACUGGAUUAAGGAUGCCAGGCAACAGUGACUUUUUUCAUUUGUGACCAGGAAGCUCUGUCCGGAUGAAUGACUUGCCCAGAGUUACAAGGUUUGCAGGUGGAAAAUAUCUGCAGCUUCUCAUACCCUUAAUCCUGUGAGUUAAAAUACCAGACAAAGAUGGCUGCUGGAGGCUACCAGCAAGGCAUCCAUUGUGGUGAUGCUGGUGUUUGGUUGCAGUCAUUUGUGGCUGUCAUCAACUGGGAAAAAUCCUUUGUUUUUGGUGUAGUUUAUUCCCCUUAAAUAGUGAUUCAUUAUACAGUGCUGUGCUUUCCUUCCUUUGGGUGAGAUUUAGGUCCGGGAUCUGGAGUUGUGUGUUACAACUUGGUGACAAGUAUAUUGACAUUUGUUGCAUCUUCUGAGAGGCUAGUGAUAGUGACCUUGUUUGUAUUUCCCCUGGUUCCCCCUCUAUAUGCUAGUUUUGCAGUGUAUUUGCUGUCACUAGCUGCAGAGAUACCUUUCCUCCUCAUAUCUCUUCCUUUUUUCAGACACCCGUCACCUUUACGUAAACUGGCAGUCUCUGACCACAACCUGCAUGUGAGACUUCUCUUUCUUUUCUCUUAUACAUGUAAUCUCUCAUACUGGACACUCCUGUGGAUGAGGGCACCCACUUAAGAACUAGCCUGGCCCAAGGUUAGUGUUGACCUUUGUUGAGGGGUCUUCAUGUAAUUAUCUUCGAACUAAGGGCAUCUCGACUCUGAAGCCUUUAGCGGUAUUCUUGGAGCAUGAGUGUCUUCAUGUAAAAUCAGACAGGCAGUAGCAUCAUUCUUGAACAAGCAGGGGUCAAAACCAUUCCUACCCCUUUUUAGGGAAUUUGUCUAUAUUUGAAAAUUCACCUCCAGCUAGUGAUUUUCUUGGAGCUCCAGGUGUGGUCACUCUGAUUCCAUCACUGAUAAAAUAUCAUCUUAUCAGCUUUGUCAAACUGAGGACAGUGUUUCUGAGCCUUGAGGCAUUAGUAAAAUCUGACCCUCUUUAUAUCAGAUCAGGCAAUCAUGCAAUAGUGCAAUAGUGUAUUACCAGAACACACCAAAGUGAACUAGUUUAUUUUCCUUUUUACAGGGAACAGUCUAUUUUUGGAAAAGGGCCGCCAUACGAUAAUCCUUUUAGUGGUGGGCUGUAUUUCAUAAGAUUGCAUGUUUUGACAGAUAAGUUAAGUUGCAAUGUGCAUUCCAUCCUGAAGGUUCAGCUUCACAAUGUUGACUCCCUUCCAGAAGUAGGUUACUCCAGAAAUCAGCCCAUUGUGUUUCUUGGAUAAUGCAGCCCAGUCAUGACAUGUUUUCAGUGAAUUUUUGUGAGCGAUGUACCUUCAUGUAUUCCAUCCCACUUCUCAAGUUGCUAUUGAAGUUCCACUAAGGCACAUUGUCAUUGUUUCUUGGUGCCCCAGAAGAGCAUAGUUCCAAACCAUUAAAAUCUUGACCUCUGCAGUAACAAUUCUGAUUUCCAGCACUGUGGAUGGGGGAAUGGUUGUGCUGUUGUAGCAAGAUGAUUACCUCCAUCUGAAAGCUUGGCUGCUUGCUACAUUAAUAUCUGUUAGCAUGCUCUGACAGCUAGGAAGCUGUCAGCAAAACGAGGUGGAAGAGGUUCUCCACCUGGACCUUAUAUAUCUUUUUUUAUUCAAGUCACUCAGGUUUUCCUGCUCUGUCUCAAACUUAUUUUGAUCUAUUCCUUAUUCGUCAGCCAUCAGAAUUUGUGUUUCAGCAACUUCAUCAUGUCAUAUGUUUUUGGAAGGCCCUACACAGAUUUCUUAAACAGAUUUUGAAGGGGAUUCUUCCUCUCUGGCCAUGGAUGAAUAGCCUCCACAAUGUGACCAGACUGUCAGGACUGAUUUUCUGUUCUGUCUGCCUUUUGAAUUUGUUGGUUUGAGAUAACUGAAGUUUAUAUCCUAUGAGAUGGUGGUAUGUCUAUAUGCUCAGCCUGUGUGUUAAAGAACCUUAUUUAGUCUUCCUUAGGGAGUGAAAGUCUCUCUGAGUUAGUAUCAGAGUUGUCACUCUGCUUGUCUUUUUACCUCAUGCUUUUCUUCCUGUGGGGAACUUGCAUAUCUUGCAUAAAUUAGAGAGUAAUGUGCAGCUACAAUUUCAUCUUUAAGUUCAUGAGCAUAAGAAAGUUUAGUUUUUUGUUUCCUUAGCCACUUGUAUUGAGGGUUUUAAAAUUGCCAAAUGGACUGCUACCAGAUGUCUUGUAGGCACUACUGCUAGGGCAGUGGCUGCUUCUGGUGCAGAUUAGACCUCUGCUGUAGCAACAGUGUCAUUUUAAAGAGCUGUCAAGAUACCCACUUUUGAAAUCCCUGUUCUGCAUGUUAGUAUCAUGAGACCACCUUUUGGUGGUAUUUUGGAAUACUGCUAGGAAUUCUGCGCAAGUGGUCCCACAUUAUACAGAAGAUUUGUCAUUAAGUGGUUUUUGAUAAGGCCCUCUGCAGUGGAUAUUGUGUUUCUUCCAUUUUACACUUUUGUUGAAGUACUGUGGCUGGUGCUAUGUGUGUAAUAGUAUGCUGUGCUGUAAGUUCAAAUGUAUAACCUUGUAUGUUUUCUUGAAGUUGCAAUCUUAUGUUCAAGUGGAGGACAAGAACUUGGAUCCUGUGACAGUAAGUGUCUCGUACUCUUAUGUUGGGGGUCAAGAGUGCCUGAAGUGCAGGUCAAUAUUUUAUGAAGAGCCACAUAAGAGUGCACAGAAGGACUUGUACAAAUGCCCUGUCCAUUGCGAAGGGUCCCCAACAUCAUCUGAUAACCUUCUUGUGAACACCAAAAUCUACCUCAUCCCAUAUUGCCCUCCCUUAAUAUGAGAGAGAGAGAGCAAGAGAGUACUAUUUUUAAUCAGAAAUUUAUCAUCCAGUGCAGUUACAUAUAUACCCAUUUCUUUCAUACCUCAGUGCCUGACUAAUGUAGUUCCUGUCAUCUGGUUAAAGAGAAGAAUAGACAUUUCAGGGUGGGGAGAGUAGUUAGGAUAGAGGAAUGGUAAGAACUGUAAUAAAUUUAUUUAAAAUUAGUAAACCGGGAAUUUUUCUGCAGUAGUAUAUUUGUCCAAGGGUGGCCAGGGUGGCCUAAUGGUUAAGGUGUUUGCCUUGCAAGCAAAAGGUGCAGGGUUUGAGUCUCACAAGGGAUAAAUGGCUAGGUUUAAAAUGGCUCGCAAGGGCAGUUAGCUUAGUACUAAUCUAUGAACCUAUGAACCAAUGUAAAAAAUAUGCUGAUAAAAUUAGUGGUGUAUAUAAUACUCUAGCAUUUCAGAAGGGAAAAUAGAAAUGAGGAUUUUUUAUUACAGAAAGGGACUAGAUUACUUUGAAAAUUGUUACAUUUCUACCUCCCCAAUGUUCCACAAAGUUCACAGUAUCCUUAAAAGUAAAUAACAGCUGAUUUCAGCAAGACAUGAAUCUUGUAAUUGCAAACAAAAUUUAAGCUGCUGAUUUUAGUGGUGUCAUCAGGCAGUAAUUACAAAACCCACCACUAGAUGACAGCAAGGCAUUCCCCCAGUUCUGCAUGUUGUUUUGAACUGUUUACUGGAAACUGAAUGUCUCACCACCUUCAUCAUUAAGUAAAGAUACCAGUGACAGAA